UCACGAAGACAUCAUGCCGUCCCCAGAGAAGGACGCCCCCCGUGACCGGGAAUUGGUCCGGCAUUCAAUGACAUACUCCGAGUCUAAAGUUCCAAUGUGGGACAGUUCGGAUCCCGAGCGUGCGCCUCCGCCGCUACCAAUGAAUCCUCGUUCGAUGAGCCCAAUGAGCCCUGCAACGAGGUCCAAUGUUUCUCCCAACAUUCAAGCAGUGGCCGCAAAAUUUACAGAGAGACCCAGCGAACACGCACCGAGCUCUUACACAACAAAUCCCAUGCCACUCAAGUCUUCCUCUCCAGAGAGGUCGUUGGUGAAAGGCCAGCACCACAAGCGCAUGCAGUCACUACAGCCUGAAGAUACCCGACAAGAUGCGCGCAGCGACUUCAUGAAUUACCUUGAGAACAGAUCCCCAGAGCGCCCUCUUCGUGCAACGAUUAUUGAGGCGGCCAAGCCGCGCGAUCCUACCAAGUCUAUAAGCUCGCCAGCGCUCCGUCAAGACGCAGACAGGGAGACGAACUACUCUCUAUCGAGUCGGUACUUAUCCAAGCCAAUAUUGGGAGAAAGCACUCCCCCGUCAGCUACAAUGUUAGCCCUGCAAAACAUGCAGCUACCUUUAGAACCCGACCCUCCAUCACCUUCCAAACCGCCAAAAUUGAUCGCUGCGCCGUUUGAGUCGCAACCUCACCCCACGAAGAAUACGAGCAUGGAUUCCCUCUCAAAUCAAAUCCACAGUCUCACAGACAUUGCAAGCAGCUUGCAGCGUGAGAUGAUGAAUUUGAGCCGACGCAGCAAAGACAAUGCCACCGACCUGGUUAGUCUCAAGGCGGCAACCAACGCACGCGAUGAAGACAUCCGCAAGAGUCUUAAGGAUCUGUCUUCUCAUCUUACAACCAAGUACCUGGACGCUGAUGCUACAAGGUUUGAUUUCAGCAAUCUUUUCAAGGGUGGUGAUGGGCCUAACCCCAAGGAUCCGGAUAGUCCCGUUUCGAAGAGGAGCUACUCUGUGCCUCGCAUGCCUAGCCCCAAUCCAUUUGCGUUUGAUCGGGACUCUUGCGUCUCACCUGCCCCGAUUUCCGAUGGCUCUGCAGCCCUCGCUUUGCUCGAAAAGGUAUUGCGCGAGAUGGCAACUAAGGAAGGUGAGGAAAGGCUCUUGGAGCUCGUUGAAGAAAUCAGAUCUCGACCCGCAGCUACCGCUUCGGACAAAGAUGCCGAUAACAAGGUGACUGUCAUGCUCGAGGAGAUCCUCAAUCUCGUCAAAGAGGAUCCUGCGAGCAAAGCCCUCGUCAGAUCUUACGGCAGGGACGCCGAUCUUGAUAAUAUCCAACCUGGGAAUGCAUCCCCCGAACCGACACCAUUUGGGUCAAUGGGAUCCGUGGUUCCUGAAACUGUACGUACACUAGACCUUUCCAACUCUGACAAGGGAGAUGGCUCUUCAGCCAAUCCGGAUGAAGUUUUGGCAAUUCUUAGAAGUGUCAAGAAUAGCGUCGUCGAGGGAGGUGGAAUGACCAACGGUGUGAAGUCUUUGGUACGCGAACUACGAGGUGAGGUUCUGGGCAUGGGUCGAGAACUUGGUCGACGAUUAGACGAGAUCGAGGCUUCCCGUGCCAAUGACGAGCCUGAGGAGCAGCCCAGAGCUGCCGGCCCAGAAGAAAUUUCCGCCAUCGUCAACCGCAGCCUGGACGACCUCAAAGAGCAGCUGGCUGCUACUAUCAACGAGAGUCGACAGCAAUCGUCCGACUUGUCCGAGUUUCGAUCAACCAUGAACAGUGCCGCAAUCUACUCUGUUGUGAAAAAAGCCCUCGAUGAGCUUGAACUUCCUCAACCUCAAGCCGAGUCACGAGGUGCUGAAAUGGACAGAGAAGAUAUCCUCGAGACAGUUCGUGAAGCCUGGGAGACCUACAAGCCCGAAAUCGAGUUUAAUAACUUUGGCUUGGAACGAGACGAAAUCCUCACAUGCCUUGAAGAAGGGCUCAAGUCUUACCAGCCCCAGCACGAACAGGCAGUCACAUACGACCAGGUUCUCGCAGCCGUCGAGGACGGCAUGCAGAAGUUCAUUCCUCCACAAAUCGAGCAUCCGCCAAGCAUAUCCCGGGACGAGAUCAUCUUGACCAUUCGCGAAUGCUUGGAGAAGCAGCCCGAGCCUGCCUCCAGAUCCCUUGACGAGGAACACGUCGGCCAUCUUCACUCAAUGCGUGACGAGAUUCUCGAUGCUGUUUCAAAAGCCAUGGCCAGUCAUACGGAAGGUUCAAAGUCCUUGGACGAAGAACAUGUCAAUCACCUCUAUUCGAUCCGCGAUGAAAUUCUCGAUGCAGUCACUGGGACGAUGGCAGCCAACAACAUGCAGCCAAAGUCUUUGGACGAGGAUCACGUAAAUCACCUCUACUCUGUUCGCGAUGAGAUCAUUGAAGCCGUCACUGGGGCAGUCACAAGCCAUGCCGCAGGUUCCAAAUCUGUGGACGAAGACCACGCCACUCAUCUGACUUCUCUCCGCGAUGAAAUCCUUCAAGCGGUUGCUGGAGCAAUGGCUACGAACAGCACAGGCUCAAAGCAGUUGGAUGAGGAACAUGUCAAUCACCUCUAUUCGAUCCGCGAUGAAAUUCUCGAUGCGGUCACUGGGACGAUGGCAGCCAACAGCAUCCAGCCAAAGUCUUUGGACGAGGACCACGUCAAUCAUCUCUACUCUAUCCGCGAUGAGAUCAUCGAGGCUGUCACUGGAACAAUGGCGAACUACAGCACCUCCAGGUCUUUGGAUGAAGACAACGUCGGUCAACUAAAUUCUAUCCGGGACGAGAUCCUCGGCGCAUUGGCCGGCACUAUGACACAAAGCACACUGAGCAAGGAUUCAUACGACUCUGGUCUUGGCCGUGAUGAGAUUGUCAGUGCUGUCUCCGAUGGCCUCGAAGCCCAUUUCACAGCAGCCAAAGAGAUGAAUGAGCCACGAAUUUCCCGACAUGAUGUUAUGAAUGCAGUCAAUGAAGCUUUUGACGCUCAACAAUCAGCUCUUACUAUUGCCCACACGAACAUCUCUCGUGAUGAAAUCUUGAAUGCCAUUGCCGAGGGCAUUGAAAGUUCAAUGAAUGCCCAGCAAUCAGCCCUCAGUACCAACGUUCAGCAGACUGUCUCUCGUGAAGAGAUUUUCAGCGCCAUCGUCGAUGCCAUCGAGCACUCGCGAUCUUCCAUUGGCAAUAAUGGGGAGCCUAGUAUUUCUCGAGACGAGAUCCUCGGUGCCAUUCUGGAGGGCAUGCAGCACUCGUCAAACCACCAAGAACCGAAUAUCUCCAGAGAUGAGAUCUUGAACGCUAUUGCUGACGGCAUUGAGAACUCGAAUAACUCUUCUUCACGUGCUCUCACAUCGCCUGAGCAAGAGGGUGAGGAUCAGCAGGCCAGCCUCUCCCGAGAGGAAAUUUUCAAUGCAAUUGUCGAGGGCAUUGAGCACUCUCAUGCUUCGCUCGGCAUAAAUGGCCAGCCUAGUGUUUCCAAGGAGGAUAUCAUAAGUGCUAUUGCUGAGGGUAUCGAAGCCUCGACAAGCAGCCAACAGGCAGCGCUCAGCACCAACGUCCAGGAGCCGUCCAUCUCACGCGAGGAGAUCUUGACUGCCAUUGCAGAAGGCAUUCAAAAUGGCAACUCGAUCACCCGGGAGAUUGAGCUGAACCAGGACGACCUCAUGGAGGCAAUCACCUCCGGUCUCAACGAGGCCAUCAGUACCGCAAAUACCAAUGUUGGUGGGGAGAUGACGGAACGCCUUCACACUUUAUUCGAAGGUAUGAAGGAGGAAUUUAAGCAGUACUCAGCCGCCGGUGGAAGAGACACUGAGCAAGUCCUCGAUGCAAUCAAGGAUGGCCUCGAUAUCGUUCGCAAGGAGAUUGAAACUUACGUGGUUACCGCUGCCGAUCUUUCAGGCAAGGAUGAAGUAAUUGACACGGUGAAAGAAGGUUUCCGACUUCUUCAAGCCGAUAUGGAGAAGACCAUUACGGAUACAUCUCUUCUGAAUGCGCCGCGAGGCAUUCCUGAUACACCUGAGCUUCUGGAUGCCAUGGAAAAAGAGUUCGAGCACUUGCGGGGAACAAUCACCACUCUUCUUCUACGCAAUAAUGCCACCGAAGACAAAGAUGAGAUCUUGGAUGCCAUUCGAGAAGCGGCUGAUCGCCACAAAAAUAACUCCGGCGAUGACGUUGUCAACACCAUCAAGCAUGAAUUCGAGAGUCUUCGUGAGCGCAUGGAGAUGAGUGUGGUUCGUGCCGAGCCUGGCGCCGAGAAAGACGAAAUCAUAUCGGCACUCCGUGAACAUUUUGACAACCUACGUGAAGAGACCUCGCUCAAAGACGGCAACGAAAAUGAUGUGGUCAACACCAUCAAGCAGGAAUUUGAGAGUCUUCGUGAGCGUAUGGAAAUGAGUGUGGUUCAUUCGGAGCCCGGCACCGAAAGGGAUGAAAUCAUUUCGGCACUCCGUGACCAUUUCGACAUCCUGCGUGAAGAGACCUCGCGUAGAGAUGGUAACGAAAGCACGUUGUCCGCGACAAGUGAGCUACUCGAUGCAUUCACAGAUGGUGUUGAAUCGAUCCGUGAGGAUCUGAAGAAACUACUGGAGAAGCCAACUGAGUUUGACAGCUCCGAGAUUCUCGAUACCAUCAAAGAUGGUCUGGCAGACUUGAAACUUGAAAUGGAUUCCCUCCGUGGAUCUAACAAAGAACUGGAUGAUGCCAGCACCGCCCGCGGCGGUGAACUCAUGCUGGCAAAUGAGCCCAGCCUCGGGCCUGACAUUGACGGUCUGAAAGUGCUCAUCACCCAGCUUCAUGACAAGGUCGAGGCCAUUGAAACUACUCCUCGUGCCGCAGAGGCUCCCGAGGAUGCCCUCAAGCGCUCACACCUUGAUGAAGUCCUUCUUGCGCUUCACGAAGUUCAGCUCGCCAUGGGUGAGAUGAGUGCUCAACAAAGUGCCGAGAACGACGGCCCAGCUCGAAAGCAAGACACUGAGAUUCUCGAGCAGUUACUCUUGAGUACUAAGACCCAGAUCGAUGAGCUUGUCUUCCCUUCACCGGAUCAGGUCGCCACUCCUGAGCAUAUCGGAGCUCUGGAGGCCAUGAUCCGAGAGGCCAAGGACUCGAUUGCCGAGUUUUCCAGUCGCGUCGAAGCCGAAGCUCCCACAAAGUCUGAGAUCGGCACUUUGGAGGGUCUCAUCAAAGAUGUCUGGGUUGUCCUAGAUGAGAUGAAGAGCCAAACCAAGGACGGCGAGGAAGGUGAAGAUUCGGAGAAAUUACUCAAAUCUGAUCUCCAAACUGUGGAAGCUAUGAUAUUUGAGGUCAAGACUCAAGUCGACGAGCUUAAGCUUCCUGAUGUGGAUACUCUCCCCACCAAGACGGAGAUUCAGGAGCUCUCGACACUUGUCUGCGAUUUCCGAGAGAAGAUGGAGGCCAAUAACGAAUUGACCGCCCAAGGUUUCGAUGCCCGCAAGGUUGAGCACGGUGGUCUUGCCGAGAAAAUCGACGAAGCCAAAUUUGUGGUCGGCGAGCUUGGGGAUGAACUCAAGAGCAAGCUUGACGGCAGCACCGAGGGUCUGACUGAGCUUAAACAGCUCCUCGAAGGACUAGCAAUCACCGCAGAGAGCUUCACCACCGUUGAUAACAUCAAGGAACUCACCGACCUUAUCAACCGAGAGUUCGAGCUCAAGGUCGAAAAGGAGGAGCGGGAUGCUGCCACAAUGGUCAAACACGAUGAGACGCGUGCCGCAAUCAUCGUGGAGCUUGGGACAAAGAUUGACGAAAAAAUUUCCGAAGUCCUGGCUAAGUAUGAAGAUGCGCACACAUCCCUCCACUCGAAGUUCUCAGAAACCGAAGAGAGAGAUCUAGCACACACCGAAUCUUUGACAAGUACAAGAAGUCUUGCCGAGGACAUCAAGCUUGUCAUCGGUGCUAUGGGUGAUAGUGUUAAUGAGACCUGUGAGCGGUUAAGUGUGGACACGAAAGCUCUCAUGGAACAAGUCGACCAAUCCCGCCAGCAAAUGGAGAACAUGCACAACGAUGUGAGAUCGCACCAAGAGCAAUCUCAAGCCGAAAACGAAAGGGCCGCGGCUGCCACUGAUCGAGUGGAGAGCAAGCUCCUUGAAUUCCACCCUCGUAUUCUGGAAUCUGUGCAGGAGAUAUUGGCAAUCGUCAGCCAGCACUACGAUCACUCCCAGAAGUCAGCAGAGGAUUUCAAGUCGGAACUGUCAGCAUUGCCUUCAAAUAUCCCAGCAAUGCUACCUGCGCUGCCUCCACCAGAAUCAGACCGUGCACUCGCCAUUGAGGAUACCCCGCUACACAGCAAAAUCGACGAUCUUUUGGAACAUGCCAAGAACAACAAGGUCCACGAAGUUCUGAGCACUCUGCUUGAUCACUCGAAAAAUGACCAACUCCACGAGAAGCUUGAUCGCGCUCUGGAUCAAGGGUCAGGUCCGAAUGAUCAAAUAUACGAGAAGCUCAAUGAGCUGCUAGAUCACGCCACUAAUGGGAGUGGUCCUGUCCAUGAGAAACUGGACGCAUUGCUCAGCCGUCCUCCGAAUCCGCCGGAAUCAGAUCAUUCUGUUACCCAGAUGACGAAGCUGGAUGAGAUGCACAGGGAAAUCAUGGAAAACUCCCGCAGAAUGAAUGAGAUGUUCGCUGCCCAGUCAGUGCUGGUCGCUGAAGAUACCGAGCGAAAGCGACGCGAGGCUGAGGAGGCUGCGGUCGCCCUUGAACGCAGAGUUUCGCAGCGUGAGCAAGUGGAAGCGGAGCUUGUUGGUCUGCAUGAAGAAAAGGAUUCUAUGCUGAACAUGAUUCAUCGCCUAAGAGCAGAGAAAGAAGACAUGAUCAAGCAAAACAACAAGCUCAGCAAGGAUCUUUCCGGUCUUGAAACGGCCCUAGAGAUACGCCACGAAGAGAUGCGACAGAUGGAGGAUCGCGCGGAUAGCCUUGAAAAACGCAUUCUGGAGGGUGUACUCGACCAUGCUCGUACCGUCCUUCUCGGCCGAUCCAAUAGCUUGCAGGCCAUGAACCUGAAGAGGAACCGCAGCACCCGGAGUAUCCGUUCCUCGCGCACAGGUGCCCGCAGUCCUAGUGUGGCGAGCACUGCCAGCACUGCCAAAGAGCCCAAGGACAGUCGCAGUCUGCUUGGCAGUGGUGUCGGGAUGGCUUUGAAAAGAAUGCCGACCUCGCUUCAUGCUGGCACAGUCGCUGUCCAGCCCAACAUCGGAAAGGAACGUCGGAUUCUUAGCUUAAGUCACGUCACAGGCAACCGCGGUGUGGACCGACAGGUGAGUGCUAAAUCUGGCAUCACGAACUUGAAGCGCAGCCACUCUGUCAAAUCAAACUCUCUUCGCAAGACUUCUUGGGCUGGCCCAACUUCUGUUACCGACAAAGAGAACCAGCCAUUCCACGAAGAGGACGAGCUUGCGAGUGAUGCAGAAGAUGCUGGCCCACAGCGCAAGACCAGUUACGCGAAAAGUAACGCUCCUACCGACCGUAAGACGAGCUACGCACAAUCCGACCUUGGCACUGAAACCGAACACAACUAUGCCCCAAGCAACGCUGGUACUGACCGGCGAACAAGCUACGCCGCAAGCAAUGCAGGCACAGAGCGCAAGACAAGCUACUCCGGCAGCAUUGUCGACAGUGAGAUUACAGAUGCCACGGGUCAGCGCCGUGUUAGCGGAGUGAGCUCCACAAACUCAUACAGUGUGGCGGAGAGCUCAAUCGCUGAGCAGGACCACGAGGACCACCAUGAUGAUAUUUCUAUCGAUGGUUCCGAGUCAGAAGAUGAUGCGCAGACAGCACGAGAGGAUGCAGAGCAUUCUGGGCAUGAGCACCAGAAUGAUGAUCAUGAAAUGUCCCGCCAGAUUAGGGAGGCCAAUGAGGCUGCAGAAGCCGAAGUGCUCAAGCUAUUGGCUCCCUCUAGCGACAGCGGACUUGGCACUGAUGUUGCGGUUUGA